AUGAAGCGGCGGAGAGAGGCGGAGAUGUCGUCGGAGAUAAGGUCAGCCAUUCAAGAGCUGUCGUCUGCGGCUGAGAGAGACGUUGUUAAACCUGCGGCGAAGAGAGAAAGCGUUAAACCUGCGGCGGAGAGAGAAGGAGACGAUCUUCAAACAACACUGCAAAUUCCCAUCAAACCAUUUCUCUCUCUAUGCAAACUUCUGAUUCAAGUUCUUGAUAAGAUAGGGCCAACAAUGGCUGUCCUGAGGCAAGACAUUCAUCAGAAUAUCCAGAGAUUGGAGACGAUCCAUGAUUCUGAUCCAUUGAUAUAUUGGGAUGUGGUUGAAAUAUUGAGGAAAGAGGUCAGUGAAGGAAAGGCCAAGAAGGGUCCCACAUGCAGUAAAGCCUUUGUUUGGCUUACCAGAUCACUGGACUUUUCAGUAGCUUUGUUAAAAUUACUCGUUGAGGAUUUUGAGAGGAACAUGGAACAAGCCGUGGAAGAUUCAUAUAAUAUCACUCUUAAGCCAUGGCAUGGAUGGAUUUCUUCUGCAGCUUAUAAAGUAGCUCUCAAACUAGUGCCCGACACCAAAAGUUUGAUAGAUAUUCUCAAGGCCAAAGAUGCAGACGAUGAUACGCUUAAAAAAGAGAUGCAAACCCUCAUUUCUUUAGUUGUACCCGAGUUAGAACGAAAUUAUGAAACUAUGAGAACGUACGGGUUGGAUAAGUUGAAGUCCACUUGA